AUGUCGAAGCCUGGAGACUUUGAUGCCGUCCGCAACGACGUUGCUGCUAUCCUUAAGAACAAGAACUACGACGAUGGCUCGAUCGGCCCCGUCGUAGUCCGUCUCGCCUGGCACGCCAGCGGUACCUACAGCAAGGAGGACGACACCGGUGGCUCGAACGGUGCCGGUAUGCGUUACGAGGAGGAGGGUGGCGACCCGGCCAACGCCGGUCUCCAGCACGCCCGUGCUUUCCUUGAGCCCAUCAAGAAGAAGCACGACUGGAUCACCUACGCUGACCUCUGGACCCUGGCCGGUGUGACCGCCGUCAAGGCCAUGGGUGGCCCCGACAUUCCCUGGAAGCCCGGCCGCACCGACUUCUCGGGUACCAAGUACCUUCCCCCUCGCGGCCGUCUCCCCGACGGCUCGCAGGCCCAGGACCACCUGCGCCACAUCUUCUACCGCAUGGGCUUCAACGACCAGGAGAUUGUCGCUCUCUCGGGUGCCCACAACCUCGGCCGUUGCCACGCGGACCGCUCGGGCUUCGACGGCCCCUGGGUGGUGAACCCCACUCGCUUUGCCAACACCUACUACAAGCUGCUUCUCCAGCUCAAGUGGGAGCCCCGUAAGUGGGACGGCCCCUUCCAGUACUCGGCCCGCGCUCCGGGUAUGGACGAGGACGACGAGCCUCUGAUGAUGCUCCCCACCGACUACGCCCUCACUCAGGACGACAAGUUCCGUCCUUGGGUUGAGAAGUACGCUGCUGACCAGAAGCUCUUCUUCGAGGACUUCAGCAAGGUGUUCGCCAAGCUCAUUGAGCUCGGUGUCUACCGUGACGAGGACGGCAUCGCGCGCUGCGACAAGCGCGACGCCAAGGGCUCGUACAUCUCGGCCCCCAAGAAGAGCGACUCGAUCGACAGCAAGCCCAACCUCUAA